AUGCUCCCUGUCCUCCUGCUUGCUGGGUUAAUUCUGGCGCUGGCCAUCCCUGGCGCUGCAUCCGAGUCGGCCACGCUGCGGUUCCUGGGCCAAACAGACUUUGUUGUCAACGAGAGCAACAUGGCUGUGAUCCGGCUGGUGGUGGAGCGAGUGGGAGACCCGGUCAACGUGACGGCUUUGGUUAUGCUAGAGGGAGUCAACACGGGGGACUUUGAAUCCAUUAAUGCUGCAGCCUUCCUGCUGUCCUCUGAGUCCAACAAGACCAUCUUCAUCGCUGUGAAAGACGAUGACUUGCCUGAAGCCGAUGAGACGUUUACCUUCAACCUGACACUACAGAGCUCCUCUAAUGGCGUGACACUGGGAAAACCAAAUAAGGCGACCAUCACAAUCCUCUCGAAUGACAAUGCCUUUGGAAUAGUUGGCUUCAACUCCACUGAAGACAUUGUAGUCGAUGAACCGAGAGGAAGGAACCAGUAUGUGCCUUUCACCCUCAUUAGGGAAAAGGGAACAUAUGGGACUGUCAACGUAAACUUUGAGAUCUCUGAGGGUCCCAACCCGGCCAUCGAGGACCUCAGUCCAGACCGAGGGAACAUCACCAUUCCUGUGGGACAGGCUGUUGUACACUUUAGUAUCCUCAUCAAAGAUGACCAGAUCCCAGAGGACGAGGAGGUGUUUUCUGUCAAGCUAACGGCCGUGGCAGGUGGAGCCCUCCUCAAGCCCGAUGCCAGCCGUGUCCGGCUGAGAAUCCGGCGUAAUGACAGCCCGCUGCGGUUCUCCCGCUCCAUCAUGGCGGUACCAGAGUCCGCUGGAAUCAUUGCCCUCAAUGUGACCCGUGGUCGGUUGACAGAGGACGGUCCACUCAUCGGUUCUGUUGACACAGAGGUCUCUGUAGAUUACAUGGUGGUGAGCAGUGGAGGACAGGGCAGCGCCACACCAGCAGUGGAUUUCCUCGACCUACAGCCAGUCAGAACGGUUAUAUUCCCUCCAUUUGUCUACAAGGCCAGCCUGUUGUUCCAAAUCAGGGAUGACGUUGUGCCAGAAAUUGCAGAAUCCUUCCACCUGGUGUUGCUGGAGGAGACCAUCCGAGGAGAUGCGGUGCUCGUAUCACCCAAUGCUGUGCUGGUGACCAUCGAGCCCAACGAUAAGCCCAAUGGCGUCCUGUCAAUCAGCAGCAGCGCAGUCAUUCAGCCAAUAACCAUCAAUGAAGACCUGACCGAGAGAUUUGAAGGACUCAUUAUUGUAAGAAAUGGAGGCAGCUAUGGUGCCGUGUCCGCUAACUGGUCCAUCAGUAGAAACUCCAGUGACCGCUCUCCGGUGUCGGAUGACUUGCGGCCUGCGGCGGGCACGGUGAGGUUUGCCGCCGGUCAGGUGACGGCCGUGAUUCCCAUCGACAUCGUGGCGGACGAUCAACCGGAAGAAGCAGAGGCUUUUGUUUUCAAGCUGGAAAACAAUACUUCACCUGGAAAUGCGGAGGUCGACGAACCAAUGGAGAUUGUGUUCUACAUCCAGGACAGUGACAAUGUCUAUGGGCUUUUUCGUUUUGACCCGGCAAAAAACCAAAGCAUCCAGAGCCAACCCGAGGGUCGUUUCCUUUCACUAAACUUCCUGCGAGAAGGUGGUACACUGGGCGAUGUGUCCAUGGCCCUCACCGCCCUCUACAUUCCUGCAGGUCCUAUAGACCCAGCACUGGCCGGGGACCAGGUUCUGAAUGUGAGCAGGUCCGUUAAGUUGGCGUUUGCCCGUGAACGGAUGGUCCACGUUACACUACCAAUAAGGAAUGACGCCUUUCUGCAGAAUGGAGCUCAUUUCCUAAUACAGUUGAAAACACUGGAGCUGGUUGAUAUAAACACCCCAAUCCAGUCAAACAGCCCUAUGUUUGGGGGACCUCUGAACCUGACCUUGACUGUCACCCCUGACAUUGCUAAUGGGGAAAUUGGCUUUACAAGUAACAGCACGGUGGUGGUUUAUGAACCAGAGGACGGCAACACCAGCACCGUGAGCCUUCCCCUGCGCCGCGAUGGAACAGACGGUCAGGCUGAGGUGUUCUGGAGUCUUCAGCCCAUUGGAGACAAUAUUGUGGCGAUAAGCGUUCAGGAUUUGGAGCCCCUAAGUGGCUCCGUGGUCUUCCUCUCCGGGCAGAGCGACGCUUCCAUCAACUUUACCAUCAUGGCUGACGAUAUCCCAGAAGUCAACGAGACCUUACUGCUUACUCUGGAUAGGAGUAAUGUUGAGAAUCAGAUCCUGAAAGCUGGCUUCACCAGCAGAGAGGUUGUCAUCAUGGAGAACGAUGACCCCGGGGGAGUCUUUGAGUUCUCCUCAGUCUCCAGAGGUCCACUGGUCAUCAAUGAGGGUGAGGCUGUGGAGCUACAUGUGGUCAGAGCCAAGGGACAGCUGCUGAAACAGCUGGUGCGAUACGACGUCAUGCCUGUUGGCAACACUGAAUUCUAUGGCGCCACUGGCAUCCUGGAAUUCAAACCAGGAGAGAAAGAGGUGGUGGUGGCAAUAUUUGCAAGGCUUGAUGGGGUGCCUGAGCUGGACGAGACCUUCUCUGUGGUACUUAGUAGCCACAGCACUCCACCCAGUCGCCUAGGCAACGACAGGGAGGUCAACAUCACAGUACGGAAGAACGACGACCCCUUUGGGGUCAUUGAGUUCAUCCAAUCAGGACUGUCAGUGGCCAUCAAUGAGAGUAAAGGGGACAAGCUGCACCAGGCGGUGUUCCCCGUUGUGAGGAACAGGGGUCAUUUCGGAGAAGUGUCGGUUUCCUGGGUCUUGGAGCCGGCCUGGUCAGGAGACGUCGAUCCCCUCCAGGGAAACAUCACCUUCAUGGAAGGGGAGUACCUCAAAAACCUCACUGUCUUCUCCAUACCCGAUGAGAUCCCAGAGGACAUGGAGAAUUUCACCAUCACGGUGUUAAAUGCUACAGGUGGUGCGAGACUGGGAAACGUACUCAAUGCCAGUUUACAGAUAAAUAAGAACGAUGACUCCAUUUACUUUUCCGAACCUGUGGUCGUGCGGCUUCAGGAAGGAGGCCAGGCCAACUUCUCUGUUUUGAGGGAAGGGCUGGCGGACUUUGUUGCCACGGUGAUGUACCGCGUGGACUACGGAGAGGCAUCUCCGGGUGACCUCACCAUGCCGAGCGAGGACAUGCUGCUGGUGUAUGACGUGGGUGAAUGGGUGAAGAACAUCUCUGUGGCUGUGGAAGAUGACAACAUACCUGAGACUGACGAGCCCUUUACCAUUGUUCUCUACAACGCUACCGGUGAUGCCGUUGUGUUUGGAGCGAACACAGCUACGGUGGUGAUUGAGGCCAAUGACGAUACCAAUGGGAUUUUCUUCCUGGAAGCAGGAGAGAAACCAGUCGAAGAGGGCGAGAGCAAUGAUUUUUAUAUCCUGCGCGCUCGGGGGCAUUUUGGUAAUGUUACAGUCUUCUGGCGGCUGUUUGCCAAUGACUCAGUGAGUCCUCUGGAGGAAAACCAGGAGUUUACCAACACAUCUGGAUCCAUCACCUUCGCUCCCGGGGAAGAAACCAAGCCUAUUGUCUUGGAGGCCAUCUCAGAUAAGCUUCCCGAAUUCAACGAGUUCUUCGUCCUCAGGCUGGUGAAUAUCUCAGGUGGUUUCCCAGGGAAAGGUGGACGACUAGCCGAGGCUUCUCUGACUGCCUCGAUCCUCAUCCCUUUGAAUGACGACCCGUUUGGUGUCUUUGCCAUCGCUAACAGCAACUUGGACCAAGAAAUAGCUGAAGAUGUCCUCUCAGAGGAUGACAUGGCCAACGUCGCCUCCUUCACCAUCCUCCGACAGCAGGGUACAUUUGGUGAUGUGCGGGUUGCCUGGGAGAUAGUUUCUGGACGCUUCCCAGAGGGCCUUCCUCUGAUGGACGACCUGCUCCUUCUAGCCUCCUUCCCAGACGAGGUUGAGCUCAGGCCUCAUGCCAGGCGGCACCACUCAGCCACAGACACAUGGUUUUUCUCUGGGCUUCCAGGAGCUUACGGGACUAUCUCUCCUGAAGAUGGGCCUGCGGCUGUUGGAAACUUCAGUUUCUCUGCUUGGCUUGUGCCCGGACCAGACACCGACGGCUUCAUCGUCUGCAAAGGAACCAGGAACGGGAGCCUGCAUUAUGGAGUGAAGGUCCACACCAACGAGUCUCAUGUCAUGGUGAUGCUGUAUUAUACGGUGAUAGGAUCAAACCAUUCCCAAGUGGCCCGGGCCACUGCUGAGAAAUUUGUAGAAAAUAAUUCCUGGUUACAUGUCAUCAUCACUGUUGAUGAUGGGAUUAUUGAGUUCUUCCUGGAUGGGAACCCUAUUCCUGGAGGACUGAAGAGCAUCAAAGGAGAGGGCAUCACUGAUGGACCUGCGUCGGUGUUUAUAGGGUCGGAUCCAGAGGGCGAAGCGCGAUACACGGGCCUUCUCCAGGACGUCCGCUUGUACGGUUCAAAGCUGAAGCGCAGCCACAUUCACGAGCUUCACACCCAGCCUGCUAAAGCAGACCUGCGUAACAUCUCGGGUUACCUACGCUACUGGCAGGAGGAGAGGCAGAAGUCGUUUGUGGUGGAGACCAGGGAUGAUGAUGAGGAGGAGGGAGAGGAAGUGUUCUAUCUCCAGUUGGUAGCAGCUCACGGGGGAGCGCGCCUCCCGUUCCCCAGACCCACCGCUACUGUGCGGGUCAUGAAGAGCGACAAUGCCAACGGGCUUUUUGGGUUCACUGGCGCCUGCAUUCCUGACACCACUGAGGAGGGCUCCACUAUCUCUUGUGUGAUGGAGCGUACGCGGGGAUCUCUGGACCACGUGUAUGUCAACUACAGUGUUACCGCACUGGAGAGCCUGGACAGUGAGAUGCCAGCCCAGCAGGAUUUUGUCAAUGCCACUGGAGCUGUGCUUUUCAUGCCUGGACAGCGCUCUGAGGUCUUGAACCUGUUGGUGUUGGAUGAUAACCUCCCCGAGCUGGCAGAAUCCUUUCAGAUUACAUUGGUGUCAGCAGAGUCCGGCGAUGGGAAGCGUGGCUCCACCCCCACCAGUGGUGCAAGCGUCGACUCAAAUACCGCCGUUAACACUGUCACUGUCACAGCUAGUGACCACCCCUAUGGCCUGCUGCAGUUUCAGUCCAGCCCUCCAGGAGACGGAUUGAUCCCUCCAGCGUUAGAACCUGCCCACACAACUGUUAACGAGGAAGAUGGACAAGUCCGGCUGAUAGUGGACAGGGCCCAAGGCCUUUUGGGAAGGGUAAUGGUCGGAUACAGGACAACCCCAUUCACAGCAUCCAGCCCUGAAGACUACGAGAACUCAGAGGGCAUGCUGGACUUUCUUCCCGGAGAGAGGUCCAAGUUUAUCGCGGUGACCAUUGUCGACAAUCCUGUCCCUGAGCUGGAGAAGAUUUUUAGAGUGGAGCUCUACAAUGCUGAUGGAGGAGCCAGUUUGGGAGCUGCGUCCCGCAUCACGGUGACCAUCGCUACGUCGGACGAUGCCCACGGAGUAUUCCAGUUGAGUCCUGAAUCCCUGGCUGUUAAUGGGACGGAGCCUGAGGAUGGACGUAGCGCUGUGGUCCUGCAGGUGGAUCGGGCCUUCGGUGACCUCUCCAAUGUAACUGUGUACUGGGAGGCUGAUCCGAGUUCUGAGGGGGAGCUACUCAGCAGAUUUGGGAACAUCACCUUUGGUGUAGGUCAGACGUCGAAGAACAUCGUCAUCGAUGUGGCCCAGGACGACGUCCCUGAGCUGGACAAGAGUUUCAGCGUGUCCUUGGUUAACAUCACCGACGGCCGUCUGGGUGUCCGAACAUCUGCUACUCUGACUGUGCUCGCCAGCGACGAUCCUUUCGGUGUUUUCGUAUUCGCGAAUGUGACGAGGUCCGUCCGACUGCCUGAAGCUGACGCAACUGUCUCGCUCACCAUCCUGCGACAGAGGGGCCUGAUGGGUCAGGUGCGAGUAACAUUUGGGACACUGAAUGAGGACGAUCCGGAACCUUACAGAACCCCCGGGGUGGGCCGAGCGACCGAGGGGCGGGAUUUUGUUCCCCUCCUGGAUUCUGUUGUGUUCUUGGCCAAUCAGAGUGAAGCAAACAUCACCCUCCGAGUACUGGAUGACGAGGAUCCAGAAAGAGAUGAGUCCGUGUUUGUGAAGCUGAUCAGUGUUCAACUCAUCAAAGGAGAGCAGGAGCGGCUCAUUUCCACGUCUCCUUCACUGGGCCUCAGCACUGACGUCGUUGCCCAGGUGAUAGUGGAGGCCAGCGACGGUGCUUUUGGAAUCCUGCAGCUGUCGGCGUCCGCCGUCAGUGUCGCUGAGCACUAUGUUGGGCCCAUAAUAAACGUCACACGUGUUGGGGGGAUUUUCGCUGAUGUUUCCGUCAAGUUCCGAGCAGUGCCUUUGACCGCCAGAGUCAGUGAAGACUACAGUGUGGCCUCCACUGACGUGGUCCUCCUAGAGGGGGAGUCCAGUAAAUCGGUACCCAUCUAUGUCAUCAAUGACGUGGUCCCUGAGAUAGAGGAGACCUUUCUCAUCGAACUGAUCAACCAGACCACCGGCGGCGCUCUCCUGGGGGAGCUCACGCGUGCCAUCAUCACCAUACUGCCUUCUGAUGACCCCUUUGGCGCCUUUGUCUUCCAAGCUGUUCCAGUUACCAUCGAGGAACCAGGGUCUAAUUCCAUGGAGGUCAAGUUGCCCAUAGUCCGUAAUGCUGGUACUAUUGGCACAGUGGUAGUCCAAUGGCAGGCCACUGUCAAUGGUGAACUAGCCGUGGGGGACAUCCGACCUACAUCGGGAGAGGUUACAUUUGCUCCUGGAGAGACCAUGAAGUUGCUCUGGGUGGAGAUUUUAGCUGACGAUGUACCUGAAAUCACUGAGAUAAUUAAGUUGGAGCUUAUUGGUGCCAGUAAUGGAGGAAGCCUCGGAGCCGAUACGUCUGUUAAUAUAAUAGUGCCUGACAAUGACAAUCCAUACGGGACAGUGUACUUUGAACAGACCGUUUACCGCCUUCAGGAGCCACUGGAGGGAGUUUAUAGAGCCAACAUUACUGUCCUCAGGAGAGGCGGUCACUUUGGUCGCUUGGAGAUCGUGUACAGCACCUCUGAGAUGGACAUUGUUGGCAUGGCUCAAGCUGACGGCCAGAAUCUGCUCAUGUACUAUAACCUCCCGAAACCAGGCGUUCCAUCCGCCGCCCCUCUGAGGACAGUGAACAUCACUGGUCAGGGAGACCCCCCGGCUGCGUGCGCUGCUGCCUGUCUGAGAGAGCCUGCUUGCCAGGCCUUCUCGCUGUCAUCAGCGGUGACCUCAACAUCCUGCACUUGGGUGACUUCAGGGGUCGAUCAGCUGACAUCUAAAUCUCAGGUUAUGACGUAUGUGAAGAACAUCACUGCAGCUGCUGUCCUGUUCAGUGCCCAGGCUGUGGCAGGAAGUGAUUACACCCCGGUAACGGCUCAAAGGGCCGUCAUGGAAGAUGGAUCACGGGUUGCCAACCUCACAGUCCCAAUCUUGACUGAUACAUUUCCAGAAUUGGAUGAGAGCUUCUCAAUACAGAUCUUAAAGGUGGAGCUGAUGAAUCUGACGGUGGCGCAGAAGAACCUGCCCUCCGUUGGCCAGCCAGACAAAGCUGUGGCCAUUAUAGGGAUGAAUGGAGAUGCGUUUGGCGUAUUUUUGAUCUACAGCCUCAGUCCCAACACCACUAAUGAGGGGCUCUACCUAGAGGUUCGAGAAGAGCCAAUGGUUGUGGUGCCCCUCGUUAUAGAGAGGAGAGGAGGGAAUCUGGGCACUGUCACCGUAGAGUGGAGGUUCGUUGGAGGAAAGGCCACGCCGGAUGUUGACUUCACUGCUACUGGAGGGAUUCUGGUCUUUGAUGGUGAUCUGAAGAAGACAAUCGAGGUUUUUAUCAGAGACGACAUCGAGCCAGAGGACAACGAGAGCCUCAUGAUUGGUCUCGUUAAUACGGAGGGAGGAAGUCGGAUCCUGCCCAACUCUGACACUGUAACCAUAGUGAUACUGGCCAACGAUAACGUGGCUGGGAUAGUAGGAUUUCACCCAGACUCCCGUUCUGUCAUCGCCAGAGAAGGUGAAAGGCUGUCCCUAUCAGUGUCGAGAACCGCUCCAGGUCUGGGUAAUGUCACCGUCGACUGGAAUGUACAGGGGCCCCUCGUCGACCGGACCUUCACCCAAAGCUCAGGGACACUGUUCUUUACUGAGGGAGAGCUAAAUAACACCAUAGUCCUGCAGCUUCUUGACGAUGCCACACCAGAGAACAAAGACGAAUACAAAGUGUCCUUGUCCAACACACAAACGUUUGGUGUUGUGGUGACAGGUCAUGCUACCCUGGAUGUUCAGGGCAGUGAGGCGGUGCUUACUGUGGACACCAGCGAUGAGCCCUAUGGGCUGCUGACUAUCGCCCCGUCAUCCAUGAGGGUGACCACAGAGGAACGGGACCGAACUCUAAACAUCUACGUCAACAGAGAGUUUGGAGCCUCAGGAGCAGUGAAUAUCACCUAUGAGGUGAUGAAAGGUUCUCUACAAGACGUCUCCCAGGUGGAGGGUUCUCUCGCUGACCCGGGACUCGACUUCAUCUCUGGUACUGGUUCUGUAAUCCUUCAAGAUGGACAGACUUCUGUCGCCAUCUCUGUCACCAUACUGGAGGACGACAUUCCUGAGUUGCAGGAGUUCUUUCUGGUCAACAUUACAUCAGCAGUACUCAUCACGACCCUGGCCACUGUUUUCAAACUAGAAGUUGUGUAUUGCACAUUGCCAGACACUCAAGGUUUGGUGGCAGAGGUUAGCAUCGCUGCUAAUGAUGGAAUACGAGGAGUCGUUGAAUGGACAAACACUAUGUUCGAAGUGAAUGAAACAAUCGGAGUACUCACUCUGGUGGCUUACAGGAACAAGGGGACGUAUGGAAAUGUCUCUCUCUUCUUCUAUGCUCAGAACCUAGAAGCUCAACAGGGACUGGACUACAACACCAGUGAAAUGAUGCUCCAUUUUGUGGAUGGCGAAAGGCAUAAGUUUGUAGAAGUACAGAUCAUCGAUGACGCCGAUCCAGAGGGAGCUGAGAGGUUUCAGCUCAUCCUGUCCGAGCCUUCCCCGGGGCUGCAGCUGGGAACCAAUACCUCAGCCACAGUGAAUAUCCUGGCCAGUGACGAUGGACACGGUGUCAUUUCAUUCAACGCCAGCGAGCAUUUCUUAUUGAGGGAGCCCACAUCUGUGUCUGGGCUGAGUGAAAGCGUGGCAGCGCUGUACGUGGUUAGGAACCCCGAGAAAGGCACAUUUGGUACCGUGACCGUUCAGUUCACCAUUACUGACGCCAACGGCAGUCUAGCAGAGGGCGAUGUGAGGCCAGCACAGGGGUUUGUGGUGCUUGAGGAUGGAGCCAGAUUUAAGAUGCUGGAGAUAUGGGCAGUACUCGAUGCUGAGCCGGAAGGGAAUGAAACCUUCAUCGUGAGCCUGUCCAGCCCAACAGGAGGAGCACGGAUGGGGGACCAACUCAAAACCCUCAUCACCGUCUUGGAGAACUUAGCUCCCUCUGGCUUGUUCCGCAUUGGACCUACGAUCAACAGAACCAACACAGAAGUGGUUGCUGAUGAAGGUGGCAUGGCGGUCUUCCUCACCGUGUCUCGCAGUAAUGGACUGGAGUCGUCUGUCAGUGUGGAAUGGGAGAUGCAAUCGGACACAGCUACUGCCACUCAGGGUCAUCUCCCAGUGAUGGGUGUGUACCAGAGCUUUGAGGACACUCCCACCUCAUCUUGGUGCUCCCUUCCUCAAGGGCCUUCCUUCCUGGCUAUGAGGCUGGAUAGGAGGCCCAUUGUUGGAUCCUCCCACACCUUGGCCACUCUUUAUCGGUGGCAAGGGGUCUUUGUGCCGGUCGAGUCUGUCAGGAUUCAGGACCCAAGCUCUUGUGUGGGGUUUGCAGUGAACGGCUCCACCUACAUCGGAAUUACACAUCGUGGUUCUCCUUUUCACACUGCGGCCAACCUCAGCAUCUUCAAAUUGCAGAUGGACCUCAAUCUCACAAUGGAACAAACCCUAGCAGUCGAAGCUCUGGAUGUGAAACACUUCUCCACGGAAGGCAGAGAUUAUCUAAUAGCAUCAAGCCAGAUUUUUGUUUGGGCGGGAGGUUCCUUCACCCUCCUCCAGACGCUCGACUUCCCAGAGAACAUCCUCAGUGUCGCUCCAUUCACUCGUGCCGCUGCUCCCUACCUGUUGGUGUGCGUCAACAGACAGACCGCCAGCUGCCUCCUGCUUCAGUGGACCAGCGGGAGAUUUGAGAACCCACAGCCUCUCCUUCUCGCUGGCAGAGCGAUUCACGUGGAGACGAUCGACACUGAGGCAGAGGACACUCUCCUGCUGGUUGUUAUCGAAGGUCCUCCUCCAUCCUGUGUGGUAUUCCAGUGGAGCUCAGGGCAGCCGUCACCACAGCUGUAUCAGUCCAUUCCUCAUCCAGGCCUCACCUCUAUUCACCCCUUCACGUUAUCUUCUGGCAUCACUUAUGUCUUGCUAGCUGGAAGAAAUGGCUCGUCACUCUACUCCUGGAGAUCGGAUGUCGACCUGCUCGCCGUGAUCCUGAGGGCCCCUCCAGCCAUUAGCUUCUUCUCUCUCGUGGUCACAUCCCUCAACACCAACAAGACCCUCUUGGCUUCUGCUGAGGAGAAUUGCUCCACUGUCUAUGAAUUCACUUCUGUCUCCAAUCAGUCUGAUUUCAUACCCAGUUUCGGGGAGUUGCACUUUGCACCAGGUGACAGCGAGCUUGAGAUAGCAGUGAACAUCGUAGACGAUGACAUCCCCGAGGAGCAGGAGUACUUCCAAGUCAGUCUGAAGAAUCCAAAGGGCGGGGCUGAGAUUGGAUUUGGUGGUCAGGUGACUGUCAUUGUCCCAACCAAUGACGAUGCCCAUGGAGUCAUCGGUUUCGCUCAGAAUUCUCUAUCUGUGGAGGUGGAGGAGUUGGAGCAAAGUAAUCAGAUUUCUCUCAGUAUGGAGAGGAAAAGAGGGACUUUUGGCAGACUGACCGUUCACUGGGCCGCCGAUGGCAACCUGGCAGACAUCUACCCCACUUCAGGAGUGGUAACAUUUUCUGAGGGACAGUCGGCGGCCAUCAUCGCACUGACUGUGAUAGCAGAUGGCGUCCCAGAGCUGAGAGAGAGUGUCACCAUCACCCUCGUGGACGUGACCACUGUGGGGCUGCAGGACCUACGACAGGCUGCAGUCAUCGACACGCAGCGGGCAGUAGCUCUGCUCACCAUUCUACCAAAUGGUUCUCCCUACGGGGUGAUUGGAUGGCAUCUGGACUCCCAAUUCACAGUAACACAAGAACCACAGAGGUUUCCAGUCAACGUGACUCUCUCUAUCGUUAGGGAGCAGGGCUCUUCAGGUGAGGUGGAAAUCCAUUAUCAGACCAGGCCGGCCCUGUACCAGCCCCCAUCCAAUCAGGCCGCUGCGGGACAGGACUACACUUCCAAAGACAACACCAUCAUCAUGAUAGAUGGUGCUACAGUGGUCCUUGCCACUGUCACAAUCCUACCGGAUGACAUUCCAGAGCUGGCAGAGAGUUUCUUGGUGAAUAUCACCAGUGUGGAGCUGGUUGGAGGGUCAAUGGGAGCGGGGCAGCCCACUGUGAAGAGGCCUGGCAUGGAAGUAGCAGAGGUCACGAUCCAGGAGAACGAUGACCCUCGAGGGAUUCUGCAGUUCGAUGUCUCUGAGGAUAUCCCUGGAAGCGUGCUGGCAUAUGAGAUUCCACCACCAGACAACGUCCUCCAUCUGUCGGUGGUGCGCCUCGCCGGUACAACUGGUAGACUGGUCAUCUACUGGGAGGCUCAGCCAGUCACUGCUGAUCUGAGCGAUUUCAGCCCCUCAUUUGGGAACGUCACCUUUCAAGAUGGGCAGAGUAAUGCUACGAUCGACAUCACCAUCUCGGAUGACGACCGGGCGGAGACUUUGGAGACCUUCAGAGUGACUUUACUGCGUGUGAUUGGCGGUGCUCAACUGGGCGAAGCUACUUCUGUCACUAUCAGCAUUCCACCCAACGACUCACCGCUCGGGCGAUUUGGAUUUCAGGAACUGGAGGUUACGGUCAGCGAGCCGGAGUCUGUGGACGAUCCUGCUGCCGUAGCGACUCUCUCAGUGCUGCGCAGCCCGGGGGGCGAAGGGGCAGUGACUUUAGGGUGGCAGCUGGAAGGCCAGGCUUCAGAUGACCUCUCACCUUUCAAUGGAACUCUUGUCUUCACUGAGGCUGAAUCUGUAAAGUCGUUCAUGAUUAGCGCCCUCGCUGAUGCAGCACUGGAAGGAGAUGAGCAUUUCACUAUCAUGCUGUUUCCUGCUGGGAGUGGAGCUGUCAUUGACCCUUUAAAAGGCAUGGCCACCAUAACUAUCAGGGCAGACAAAGCUGCCCUGGGGAUUAUUGGGAUAGAAGAGUCCUCCUGGAACAUUCUCAUUGGAGAACCUGACGGAGAUUACAACGGCAGUGCAGUGGUUAGCCUCGUGCGAGGGCUCAGUGUGUUUGGAGAGGUCCAGGUGUACUGGAAUAUCACUCCAGCUGUGCUCUCUGAGUUUGAAGCGAUCUCCGGCACUGUGACUAUGAAAGACGGACAGUCUUUUGCCAACAUUAUUUUGACGGCCCUGGAUGAUGAUAUCCCUGAAGAGCGUCGUGAGUACCAGCUGACUCUGACCUCCGCCACCGCUGGGAUGGAAAUCAGUUCUAUAGCCAAGCAUGCAAAGAUUAUUAUGGCAGCCAGCGACAAUCCCUAUGGUCUGUUCUCCUUCACCCAACACCAGAUCAGGGCCUCCGAGGAAGAGGGAACGGUGAAUGUGACAGUUUACCGCUCCUUAGGCAGUCUGGGCAGUGUGUGGGUGACCUACCAGACCUCAGGCCACACAGCGCUCAGUGGAGUGGACUUUGCUCCGGCUUCAGGACGACUACUCUUCACUCCGGGCCGGACCUCACAACAAGUCACACUGCACAUCCGGGAUGACAGUCUUGCAGAAGAUACUGAGAUGUUCUUCCUCAACAUCACGGAGGUGGAGCUAGUCAAUGUCAGUGCUGUUGGGUCGGGUCUCCAGCUGGACCAGCCUCCAGCUAUAGGCAACAUCUCUUCUCUUGCUGUGGUCAUAUUAAAGAAUGACAAUGCUGAGGGUAUCCUGGAGUUCAGGCAGGAUUAUGUCAACAUUACAGUUGAGGAGGAUGUGGGCGUCGUGUUGAUCCCGGUGGUUAGGAGAGUGGGCUCAUACGGGCUGGUCUCGGCUCAGUUCACUUCUCGAGGCCUGAGUGCAACGCCUGACCUCGACUACAUCCUGAAUAAUGGCUCAGCGACGUUUGUCAAUGGCCAGAAUACCAGUUACAUCAAUGUGACUAUUAUAGAUGACCUGGACAGUGAGUUUGCAGAGGUAUUUGAGGUCCUGCUGGUUGGAGCUACAGAAGGAGCCGUGUUGGGCUCUCAACAAGUUGCCAGGGUAACCAUCGCCAAGAGUGACUCUCAAAGCGGGGUGGUCCGCUUCCUGAACCAGAGCCUUGUCACUCUGGUCAAUCCCAACUCCACUCUCAAACUGAGUCUCGUUCUGGAGCGAGCGGGAGGCCUCGUGGGCGACGCAACGGUCGCUUGGAUCCUUCUUGGACCAAAUAGCAAAGAGGUCCUUCCCCCAUUGAAUAAAGACAUUCGAGAGCCUGUGAACGGGUCCUUCUUCUUCAGCGAUGGAGAAGAAGGUACCCGGGUCAUCGAGCUGCAGAUCCUCCCCCACGGGGAGGUGGAGGUGGAGGAGACGUUCGUUGUGGAGCUCAGCAUUCUGUCUGGAGAGUUGGAUGUUGACCCUCGGGCUGGCUCCGUAACACUGAAGAUAGAGAAGUUUGGUGACCCAAACGGCGUCGUCCAGUUUACUGAGGAUGCUCUUCGAGAGCGUGUCUAUAAUGAAGCCACAGACAGGCCCUUCAACAUUUCCUUGUAUAUUACACGCAGAGAGGGUGUCGUGGGUAACAUCACGGUGCGUUGGCAGAUCCAGAGCGACUCAGAUAUAGAAGGUGACUUCCUCGCCUUAGGUGGCUCAGUGUUGAUCCUGGAAGGCCAACGGGAUGCAGAAAUUGUCCUCAGCCUGAUGCCUGAUACGGUGCCAGAGCUAGAGGAGCUCUACACUGUGCAGCUCACGGCUGUGGAGGGUGGUGCCACUCUGGAUGCCAACUAUAACCUGCUCAGGACGCGUAUCAGGGUACCUGCUAACGAUGAGCCCCACGGUGUCUUUACCCUGAACCCUGACCAACAGUUCAUUGUGAUAGCGACGUCAGGUUCUCAGGUCGCCAGAGCUCUGGUUCUGAAUGUGACACGGCUUGCCGGGCUGUUUGGCAACAGUAGUGUGGGCUAUAGGAUCAGUGGGGGGAUGGGCGAAGUGAUGGACAUCAAGGAAACACUGGGAGGACAAGCUGAAGGAAGACUGUUCUUCAGAGAGGGACAGACCUUCAGUUCUAUCACGGUGCCCAUCAGCAGUCGGGUGUUUUUGUCAGUGGGUGACAGCUUCACAGCAGAGCUGACAGACGUCAGACUCGACGGUCCCAUCCUCGGCUCCCCGCCGCGCCUCCUUCAUGAGGCCAGCAUCGCGACGGUGACUGUGUCUGAAGAAGCUGCCAGCUCAGAGGUUGGCUUUGCCUCGCUGGCUCUGCAUGUUUCAAGUGUUGAAACAGGGGCAUGUGAAGCAACGGUGACACGAAGAGGGUUGUUUGGAGACGUCCGGGUCCAGUGGAAAGCCGGCUACCCUUCAGGUCAGGCUCCGCCAGGGCUCCGUCUGGGAGCUAUCGCCCCAAAUGCAGGCUCACUCACCCUGGUCCACGGGGAGAAGACUAGAGCCAUAUCUCUGACAGCUGCUGCUGAUGCAUCUGAGCCGGCUUCCUAUGCUCUACACCUCACUGCUGCUACCUCCACGACUUCUGUGAAGCUCAGGUCAGGAUUCACUGUGACAGAAGUGGAGCCAUUGGGAAUCUACCAGUUUGCCCCCGAUUCCCGCCAGUUGGUCAUAGCAGAGGACAUCCAGACGAUCACCCUUUAUGUUCAGAGACUCUACGGCUCUCGGACCAACAGCACCCUCCUGUCCUACACAACAGUGGCAGGCAGCGCAGCACCGGGAGAGGACUUUGUUGCCGUGCCAGACGGCCGUUUGCUCUUUGACUCGCCUCUCCAAGCCAACACCUCUUUCUGCCUUUCGAUACUCGACGACUCGCUUUCAGAGGCUGAUGAGAACUUUCACGUCAACCUGACAGAUGUUCAAGCCCUUAGUCCAGACUUGGCUUGGCCAGAUACGUCUCCUCGCCUCAACCUUCAGCACAGGGUGUCCACUGUGACCAUCCAAGCCAGUGAUUUGACCGGAGGAGUGCUCAGUAUCGGACCUGGACUGGUCCACAUACCUGAAGACAAGGAUGAGGGGACCCAGCAAGAGCAACGUGUCGUUCUAAGGGUGCGCAGGUCCGACAGUGUGGCCGGGGCCGUGAGGGUUAGAGUUCAAGCAUAUGGAGAUGGAAGUACCACACCUCUUCCCUUCACUCUGGACCCCGUUGGCACUCUUGCAAAGGAGGAACAGGACUUCCGCUUGGAGUCCACCAUCGUGUCCCUUCAGGCUGGUCAGAAUGAGACGGAGAUUAUCCUCUUCAUCCUGGAUGACACCGAGCCAGAGGGACAGGAAGUGUUCUUCGUUUACCUCAGUGAUCCAGAGGGAGGAGCGCAGAUAACAGACGGUCCAUACCAGGGCUUUGGAGCUUUUGUCAAGAUCACUAUCCUUGGGAGUGACUUCCACAACGGCAUUGUCGGGUUUAGUAUCAAUUCUCUGUUUGGUCAAGUUCUGGAUGAAGAUUCGGUGAACAGAACUGCCCUCCUUUACCUCCAGAGACAGGAAAACAGAGCCUUUGAGGAUGUGCAGGUCUUCUGGAGAGUUACCUUGAGCGAGGCCGCUCUAACUCUUGUGAACCAUGGAGUCAACCUCACCGGACAGCUUCUGCAGACCUCAGGAAUGGCACUGUGUCGGAGAGGAGAGACGCUCUGCGCCCUCACUGUCGAGGUCCAGGACGAUGAGGAACCAGAGCAGCAGGCGUGGUUCUUGGUAGAGAUUUAUCAGGUGGGCGCUGGAGCUACCAUUAACGAGACAACCCGCUUUGCCAACGUCACAUUGGCAGAGAGCGACGAUCCACAAGGCGUUACGUACUUUGCCGCUGGUCACAGACUGCCCAUUGCCACCCUGACGACCAUGAGGCUGACCCUCCGAGUCCACAGACGAGCAAGCACAGCUUCGGUCGAAUCUGUACAAUAUCGCACUCUGGAGCUCCCCAGAGAGGAGCUAGUGGGACCCUCUACAAUAUGGCCCGCCAAAGCAGGGAUGGAUUUUCCCAAACAGGAGGGUAGGCUAACCUUUAAUGUGGGCCAGCGUAACACAUCAUUGGACAUUUACCUCACACCUGACCUCGCCUCGACACCACCCACACCGAAGCGCUUCCAGGUGGAGCUCUACAACGCUACAGGGGGAACCAGAGUGCACCCUCUGUUUGGGGUGGCUAAUGUGACUCUGGUGUCAAAUGCAGCAAGUGAAGCCGUUUGGCUCAUACUGGAACAGUUGCAUCAGCCUCUCGACUCAACUAUAUUGAACCAGGUGCUGCAAAGACUGAUCAAUAAGGUCUCCACACAUCUAUCGCGUGAGCAGAUGGCCGCCGUGCUGGAAGCUCUGGGGAAGGUACUAGCAGAGGCAGAGAGGGCUCCUUUACAGGAAAGUAGCCGCAACCUGACUUACAAUCUUCUGUGUGCCUUGGCCAAUCCCAGCAGAGUCGACACCCGAGGCCUCAGCCACCUCGCCGAGGUGGCUGAGCGAUUUGCAUUCUCCCUCCUCACGCAACGUCCGUGUGAGAUAAGGGGUACCAUCCUGGAAACGUGUCCCUAUAUGUCCAUCUCUGCCUUCCAGUGGUAUCCCACACAGAUCAAUGGACACAAAUUCAGGGGCCGUAACGCAGACUUCUUCCAGCUGCCAGAGACUCUGCUGGCGGUGCCGCCGGUCUCCACUGCUGACUGUGGCAACCUCAGCAAGAUCCAGCUGACCGAGUUUAGAACUGAACACUGGUUUCUCGCCAAUGACACACACAUUGCUCUCAAUGGGAAGGUAUUCUCAGCCAGCCUCCAAGACAGAAGGUCACGACCCCUAGAAGAUGGCACGGAGGUGGUGUAUCGUAUCCACGCUCCUGGCCAGCAAGUCAAACCAGGCCGAUCGCUGUGCCUUCUUUGGAACCAGACCACUGCGAGCUGGUCAUCAGAUGGUCAAUACUGCAGGGUUGUGAAAGAGAGUGGGAACUAUGUGGAAUGUGCCUGCUCCCACCUGUCUGUCUACAUGGCCUACGCAGAGUUUGCUACUCUCGCAUCCUACAACGACGCCUUCUAUGCCUCGGGAUUUAUCUGCAUCUCGGGUUUUGCAUUGGCCAUUAUAUCCCACGUGCUGUGCUCCCGUUUCCCUAUGUUUGCUGCAAAACUGCUCACUCACAUGAUGGUGAGCUGCCUUGGAACACAGAUCUGUUUCCUGGUGUCAGCUUUCCGUGGCAGAAUGUUUUCAGAGGACAGCUGUGCCGCUCUGGCGCUCUUCUCUCACUAUUUCCACCUCAGCCAGUUCUUCUGGAUGCUCAUACAGACGGUGAACUUCUGGCAAGUGCUGGUGAUGAAUGACGAGCACACGGAGCGCCGCUACCUGCUCUACUUCCUGUUGGGCUGGGGACUCCCGGCUCUGGUCAUCAUCGUCCUGGUCGUCGUCCUGCUCGGCGGCUUCGGGUGGACGAUACACGCCGUGUACGGGCUGGUUCACGGAGACGUGUGCUUCAUCCCAAACAUCUAUGCAGCUCUGUGUACGGCGGUGCUGGUGCCUCUCAUCUGUCUGGUUGCGGUCAUGGUGGUGUUCAUCCACGUCUACCAGGUCACUCUGCAGUGGAAGGCGUACGACGACAUUUUCAGAGGACGGACCAACAGCACAGAGGUGCCGCUGGUCCUCUACCUGUUCCUGCUCAUCUCUCUGGUCUGGUUGUGGGCCGGACUCCAUGUUGGCUACAGGUCCCUGUGGAUGCUCAUCCUCUACGUCAUCUUUAACUGCUUGCUGGGCUUGUAUGUGUUUGCCGUGUACUUCGUCAUGCACAACCAGCUGUGCUGGCCGACUAAAGCCAGCUACACGGUGGAGAUGAGCGGCCAUGGCGGUCCUGACUCGGCCUACCAGGGAGGGGGGCCGACCACUGUGGGGGGGGACAUCAACAAAUCAACUCAGAACCUCAUCAGCGCCAUGGAGGAGGUGUCAGCAGACUGGGAACGGACGUCGCUGCAGCCCAGCCGUCAUCCCAGCGGUGUGUUUAAAGCCAGUCCGGUGAUGGGGUACACCACCGAGGGAGGAGGCUUCGCCAACAGCAAUCUCGUCAUAGCAGACGAGGAGUCGCAGGAGUUUGACGACCUUAUAUUUGCCUUAAAAACUGGGGCCGGCCUCAGUAUGAGCGAUAACGAUUCCAUCCCCGGGAGCCACGACGGAGGCAGCAUCACCAACUCCCAAAUCGUGGAGCUGAGACGAAUCCCCAUCGCCGACACACACCUCUGAGCCGCUCGCGGGUCCCGAGUCCUCUCCACUUCAGAGAUAAAUGACAACGCGAUAUUUUUUUAUUAUAAAAUGUUUUUGCACUAAAACACUGUUUUCACAUUUUCAUAUCGAUAUUUGAAUCUGUAUGGAAUUUGUACUGUACUGUUCUAUAUAUAUGAACCUACACAUACAUGUUUGACUAAAUUAAUUUUGUAAGUCCUUGAUGGAGUUGUUGACUGUUUGUAUAUUUGUAUUCUUUGUCCUGUAGAGAUAGAGCCAGAUGUGCUGAGGAUGGACAUUGUGUAACAUUGUGAAUAAACGACUUACCACGUUUUA